AGUUAGCUGUUGCUAGUCAAUCGAUUCGCCCGUCGCCAAGUAGGUCUGGUUUUACAUCAUGGCGGAAAGCAUGUCGGAGAGCGGCCACUCGGCCUUUCGGACGAGCGAAAAGUACUUUAAAUCUCGAGCACCUCACCCAGAGAUCGCCGCGGGCCUGAUCAAACGGAGAUUUCGGAAACGGCUGGAUCCCGCCCAAUCUUAUCCUCUGCUACAAGGUCAGGGUGUGUUGGAUCUCUCGAGACCGGUAGGGCAGGAGAAGGAGGACGAAGUGAAGCGAGCUGGUUGGAAGCCGGGCGAGGAUCCGUUAGGGGGCCGGCCUGCGAGGAAGAUCAGGGUCGACAAGCCCGGUGCGGGUUCCCGAGAUGGGUAUAUCGUCGGCGAUGGUCUACUCUUGAUCCCUGGCUACCUGAACGAAACCGAACAGCUCGCCCUCGUCCGAUCUUCGCUGAGCGAAUACACCUGUCCACCUAACCCGCUCAGCCUCUCGACGCACUACGUCCUCCCUAAAGCGAGCGAAACCUCCCUGUUCUCUCUGUACGCUUCGGAUCCCGAGACGCUCGUUCCCUCGAUCGCAUCCACCCUACUCGACGUCGAUACACUUCGACCUUCACCAUCUCCCACUCCCUCGAGCUCGAGUUCGGCGAAACGUCAGUUGACACAGAACCAAGCUGCAUCAGAGGAAGGGUACGACAGCAUCGUCCAGCGUGUAGAAGGGUGGAAGGGGGAUGAGCCGUCGAUGAAGCUGAAGAGCAAGACAGCGAAGAAGCUGGUCGAGACCGAGUUGAGGUGGGCCAACUUGGGCUGGGUGUACAAUUGGACGAACAAGGCCUACGACUUUACCUCCACUCCACCCCCUACAUUCCCUGAACCACUCGCCGAGACGUGUAAAGACAUCGUCCGUGGGAUCCCUUGGGACGAGGUCUUUGGCAAUAUCGACGAUGUCUGCGGGGAGGGGUACGAAGAGGGAGGAAGGAUCCGGCCUGAUGGGUAUCACAACUGGGGGGAAGAUUACGCUCCGGACACGGGCAUAGUCAAUUUCUACCAGACGAAAGACACGUUGAUGGGGCACGUAGACCGGUCCGAGUUGGACCCUUAUCGACCGCUCAUCUCCAUCUCGCUGGGACAUGCGGGGAUCUUCUUGCUCGGUGAGACGACCCGACAAACUCCACCCAUCCCGAUCGUCUUGCGUAGCGGUGAUGUCCUGGUCAUGGCCGGACGUGGCAGGAAAUGCUACCAUGGCAUUCCUAGGAUCAUGGAAGGGACGCUUCCUGACCAUCUCAAGCUGAUCGAAGGAGGGCAAGAGGAGGAAGAGGACGAGACGACGAGGGCUUGUAAGCGGUUCAUCUCGAAUGCCAGGAUCAACAUCAAUGCCAGGCAGGUCUUUCCGAAGGGGUUUCGGAGGGGUGGAACGGGGACGGUGCUAGAGUGACGUAGAUUGAUGUAUUCUAUAUGCAACCGACAUCUCAUGGCGGACAUCGAGACCACAGUUAUGCCACCACGUACACAUACGCUAAUAUCGAUGGCCGAUGGACGUUCGAUUUGAUCCGUGAACCAGCUGAUCAGCUUUUGAUGACCUUUCGAAGGCGGAUGUUUCACCCAUCAAAC